AGGACUCUGAACACGUACCAGCCAGCAUAUAUAGCUCAGCUAGUGUCUCCUAAUCAAUGGCUCGCUUGGUCGGCGUCGCAGCGCCGCUCCUCCUCCUUCUCCUCCUGGCCUCGCCGGCCGCCGCCCGGGAUGGGGCUAUGCUAAGCACGGAGGGUAGCAAUGUCGGGGACGACGUGCAGCUGGUGCUGCCAGGGCUGGCCAAGUACGCCGUGAUCUUCGACGCCGGUAGCACGGGGACGCGGGUGCAUGUCUUCAAGUUCGACAAGAAGACCAUGGACCUCCUCAAAAUCGGCGACAGCAUCGAAUUCUUCGCCAAGGUGAGUCCUGGGCUGAGCUCGUACGCCGGACGGCCGCAUGAGGCGGGGAAGACGAUGAUACCCUUGCUAGACAAGGCGAAAAGCGUCGUGCCCUGGUGGCAAAUGAACAGAACGCCCCUUAAACUAGGGGCUACGGCUGGGCUGAGACUUAUCGGAGAUAAGCAAUCGGAGCAGAUCCUUCAAGCGGUGAGGGAUGUUGUGCACACCACCAGCAGAUUUCAGUACAACCCAAAGUGGAUCAAUGUUCUUGAGGGAUCUCAGGAAGGAUCUUACAUAUGGGUUGCCCUGAACUACCUGCUGGAUAGAUUGGGAGGAGAUUACUCCAAGACGGUAGGCGUGAUCGAUCUCGGAGGCGGCUCUGUCCAGAUGGCGUAUGCAGUCUCUGCAAACGCUGCAGCCAACGCUCCGGCAGUGCCUGACGGCAAGGACGCUUACAUCACCAAGGAGUUUCUCAAGGGCAGAGAUUACAACGUCUAUGCCCACAGCUACUUGUGCUACGGCAUCUUGGCCGCCCGCGUGGAGAUCCUGAAGGCGAAAUCCGGGCCGUUCAGCAACUGCAUGCUGCGCGGAUCCACCGGCAACUACACCUACAACGGCGAGAGCUACGACGCGACGGCGACGGCAUUCGGCGCGGUGUUACGAAAAUGCAGGGAAGAGGUCCGGCGGGCGCUGAAGCUCGACGCGCCGUGCGAGGCCAAGAACUGCACCUUCGGCGGCGUGUGGAGCGGCGGCGGCGGCGCCGGGCAGGCGGAGCUCUAUGCCACGUCAUCCUUCUACGGCAAGGCGACCCAGGUCGGGUGGGUCGACAAGGCGGCGGCCCACAGCGCCAGGUCUAGCCCGGCGGAGUUCAGGGCGGCGGCGGCCAAGAUCUGCCCGAUGAGCGUGGCGGAGGCCAAGGCGGCGUACCCUGGGGUCCAUGACACGGCGUAUGUUUGUAUGGACCUGGUGUACCAGUACACGCUGCUGGUGGACGGGUUUGGGCUGGCGCCCGCGAGGGAGAUCACGCUGGUGGACAAGGUGAAGCACGGCGAGUUCUUCAUGGAGGCCAAAUGGCCGCUAGGCGAGGCCAUUGAGGCCGUCGCGCCGAAGAAGAGUCUCUCACAAGAGGCGUGAUUUGCUUUUGCAACGAUGACGAUCCGUGCCGGCUUGGCGGCUUACCCAAAUAAUCCUUUUCUUUUGGAAUAUAUAAACGUGUAUAAGCGUUCGUUUUUUUUUAGUUUUUUUUUAAGAAUCGUCUGGCGUGUAAGCGUUCGUGUGUUCGUGUGUGUCGGUCGCGAGCUUGUUCGCACCACUUGGACUUAUAUGUUGCAGGCUGAGCUACUACGUAGGCCCAAUAUGGAGUUUCAGCCCUGUUUGUCUCGCACAACUUCGUGAAACGACUCAUGUCUACUCUUGCCCA